AUGAAGAACCUACAUCAUGAGGAUCAUGUCAAAGACAUCAUCGACAUUGAAAAUAGUGCACUCCAUAAUGAGGAAAUCAUAAACUCCUUCACCCCAGAGGAGCAGAAGAAAAUUAUCCGAAGAGUUGAUAUUCGCUUGGUUGUUACUAUGGGAUGCUUAUUUAUUGUCAGUCUGUUGGAUCGAACAAAUCUCGGAGCUGCCUCGGUUGCAGGAAUGCAGAAAGAGCUGGAUAUGAACGCAUCGAACAAUGGCUACAGUAUCACUUCGUUGGUAUUCUUCGUCACAUACACCCUCUUCCAGAUCCCUACCACGGUCAUUAUUCGCACACUUGGACCUCGAAUCUUCCUCGCAGGCAUUGUGACUCUCUGGGGAGGCGUUAUGAUUGGUUUCGGCUUCGUCAAGAACUGGGAAUCUAUGGCUGGCUUACGCGCAAUCCUCGGUGGCCUAGAGGCUGGACUGUUCCCCGGUAGCGUCUAUCUUCUUAGUACUUGGUACCCUCGCUACGGACUACAAAAGCGCAAUUCUGCGUUCUUCCUUAUUGGAAGCGUUGCCUCCGGGUUUGGCGGUAUCUUAGCCUACGGGUUAUCGCAGAUGGAUGGUCUAGGCGGGCUUUCCGGUUGGCGGUGGAUUUUCAUUAUAGAAGGCCUUCUUACGUGUGUCCUAGGCCUCGGCUCCUACAUUUUGCUAGUCGACUUCCCGGAUAAAGCUCCGAACUCCUGGAAAUUCCUCAACCAAACCGAAGUCUCAUUUAUUAUCACGACAAUCGAACAUGAUAGAGCAGAUACCACUCUUGAGCCUUUCUCUCUCCGAAAAUAUUUAGCAAACGGCAAAGACAGCAAGGUCUGGGCAUAUGCGAUCUUAUAUAUGUUAGUUACUAUGCCUAGCUACGCGAUUGCAUACUUUCUUCCGAUCAUCCUCCAAGAGAGCAUGCACUUUUCCGUGGUGAAGGCACAAUGUCUUGUGGCCCCACCGUAUGUUUUUGCGGGUGUGGUGAUGUACAUCCAGGCAGUUUACUCGGAUAAAUGGCGUUUGCGGGGACCCAUUAUUGUUGGAAACGCGCUUGUGGUGAUUCUUGGGCUAGCGCUGCUAGGUUUUCUUAAGAAUCCGGCUCCCCGGUAUUUUGGAGUCUUCUUAGCUACUGCGGCUGCAAAUGCAAACUGCCCGGCAAUAGUAUCUUGGCAAAGCAACAACAUCCGUGGCCAAUGGAAGCGAGCCUUUACGUCUGCGACAUCGAUCGGUGGAGGCAGUAUGGGAGGUAUCAUUGCGACAACCGUAUUCCGCGCUCAAGAUGCUCCUGAUUACAUAUCAGGUCUAAUCGCGGCUAUAUUGGCCAAUGGUUUGAUUGUCGUGGUUGCAGGCCUACUCACACUUAAGUACAAUCGGGCAAAUAAGCGAGUCGAUGCUGGGGGAAAGCCGAUUGAGGGAAAAAUUGGAUUUAAGUAUACGUAUUGA